UAUUCUAGCGUAUUUAUUUACUACUUUUCCCCGGAAUCACUGACCCGGAAGUGAAACCACAAAAAAAGCGGGUUUCUGGAUUUUAUUCAUCUUGAUUUUAUUUUAUUAUUCCUCGAUUGUUUAUGAGGAAAAACGAAGCCCACACAUGUUCGGUGCGGGCGCUGUGACCCGGAAGUGUUGGAUCUGUCAGCGGUGUUUUGGUGCUGGUUCUCCUGUGAGAUCGUGCCGCUGCAUUAGAUGUGAUGAACGGCAGCUCCAACCCGCCUCUGGAUAAAGAAGAGCACGUUCUGAAGCUCGGAGACAGCUUCGAGAAGAGACCCCGAUCAUCCUUCCACACCGUCAGAUAUGAUUUUAAGCCGGCGUCCAUCGACACGUCCUGUGAAGGAGAGCUGCAGGUGGGGAAGGGCGAGGAGGUGACCAUCACGCUUCCUCACAUCCCGGGCUCCACGCCUCCCAUGACCGUCUUCAAGGGCAACAAGAGGCCGUAUCAGAAGGACUGCGUCCUCAUCAUCAACCACGACACGGGCGAGUUCAUGCUGGAGAAGCUCAGCAGCAGCAUACAGGUCAAGAAGACCAGAGCCGAGGGCAGCAGUAAGAUCCAGGCCCGUCUGGAGCAGCAGUCGGUGAGAGCCAACCCGCUGACGUCACAGUUCCGCACGCCCGUCAAGCCAGGAGGGGGCGCUAAGAGCUCGCCCGGCAAAGACAACCCGUCACCAGAGCCGCAGCUGGACGACAUCAAACGAGAGCUGCGGGCCGAGGUGGACGUGAUCGAGCAGAUGAGCAGCAGCGGCAGCAGCUCGUCCUCAGACUCGGCCAGCGGCUCCGGCAGCGGCGCUGAAGACGACAGCUCCGGCAGUGACGCGGAGCAGGACACGCGUCUCUCCCCCAGCGCCAACAACAUGGCCAACGGAAUCAGCCAAUCACAGGGCAGCAACCAGCUGAUGAACACUCUCAGAAAUGACCUUCAGCUGAGUGAAUCUGGCAGCGACAGCGACUGACACUGUUCCUCAUGCUUUCAUUCAUCACAUCAGCUCUUCUGCAGUGCUUUUAUCUUCAGCUUUUAUGGAUUCAUGUUAACAUUGGAGAUAUUAUGAGAAGUUUUAAAGAAUGUAAAAUACUUGUAUUAGAUUUUAUUUUUAUUGCAAAGGGAAAUUUUUGAACAGAGAUGGUUGUGUAAAUGGGUAUGAAAUAAUAUUGUACCUUUAGUUGUUCAGUGUUUUUAUGAACUAUAGUUCAGUGUUACAAACACCAGCGUACUCUUCUGACUGUAACGUUCACAAUGUAUGAAGUGUUUCCUACAGUUUGAAUUGAGUUGCAGAUACAAAUAAUUUAGGCUCAUGUUUGUUGUUAUUUUUUUAUAUGACAUGAGGGUCACGACCCUUCAAAGUCCUCCUCCAUACCCAGUGUGUGUGUUAUCUGUAGAUGUCUGUACUGCUUGUUGAACCAAAAGCAAAUGUUUAAUGUGAACUGGACACAGUAUAAAUGUUGUAUAUAGUGUUUGUAUUGUCAGAUAAAAGACAAAAA